AUGGCACAUUGGCUGGCAUGCAGAGGGGCUGGCGCACAUCGGGAUCGUGCUGAGCCCAUCCAAAACCCUACACAUUUCACCUAUUUCCUGGAGGAGGAAAGGAACGAGUUGUCAACAUGGUAUGUUGAUGCAUGCGACAGGGGAAUGGGUUUGGAUCAGCCGCCUCGUGGGCGGAGAUGUACACAAGAAGUGACGAGCUUCGGGAUUCCGGUGCAGUCUGUGUGGACGCCAGUCCCGGGCGAACAGCACGUCUUCUUUGUCCGAGCACCAACCCCUUCACCGCCUCGUCAGGUAUACAAUAGACCACCGACGGCGGUGCCACUCGAGCGAACAUCCUCGGGCCGCUCAAUAGCCGCCGCUUCCUUCUCAUCGUGGGCUUUGGAGCAUACGGACGACACCGACCUCGACCUUGUCUCCGACGCGGAAGCCGCUCGAUGUGUUGUCGAGUACACGACCGACUUCUUCCAUAGAUACCCCGACUCCACAUACGAACGCAUACUGAGAACUUUGAUCACGCCGAGGCCAUCAUCGCCACUAUUUGUAAACGGUGCCCACGAUCCGGACUUUGAGCUCGACGAUGCCGUCCUAGCGAGCGUAUUUUCGGCCACCAAUGAAAUGUUCUUUGCUGGUCGCCUAACCAACCGCGUGUCGUGGGAUUGGUCUGGGGCCAGCAUCAGCACAAGUUGCAAGUAUGAGACGGACAUAAUCGGCACGACAGCUAUGCGGAAGCGGCCAGCCGGCGGAUACGAGGCACUAAUCGUUCUGUCGUCGCCAAUACUUAGGGGCACCAACGGCGGCCUAUUCAGCCGCAGGCUCCUGAUCUCGACCUUUAUCCACGAGCUCAUCCACUGUUACUUGUUCGUAUGCUGUGGUCAUCGUGCUAGAGAAUGUGGCGGCCAUACUGCCGGCUUCAUCAAGAUCGCGUCAGUCUUGGACGACUGGGCUGGUCACGGCGUCCUACAUUUGAGGGAGAUGGAGGCUGACCUGGAGAGGUUCAGAACCACGGCUUCAGCGGUACAAACAACGUAUGACAAGAGCAAUCAUUCUGGCCUGUCACAUCACGGACCCUGUCCUGGCCAUGGUCUGUCAAGUCGAAGAAGCUUGCAGGGCUGGGACUGUAUACCGACUGGCGGUGGUCCCCGUGGCUGGGACGAUUGCGGUCAGGGCCCAGCACUUGUUAACAACGAUUGGCUCCGAUGA